UUCUCUAAAACUGAAAUCUUUUGAGAUUACCUAACCUCCCUUAGCUAAUUGAAAGUCAUAUUUAGAUCAAUUUAUGGCUAGAGUCACUGAUAACCUUUAAAUUCUGUGAUGAAUGUGCAAGUUGCAACAUUAGUCCUUUUUUUUCAGUUUGUGUAUAAAAUCAGUAUGAACACAACUACUGCAAGCUCUAUUACCUUCAUCAGAUUGAUGAUUUUGACGAUCAAUUGGACUGCUUCAGAUUACUAGAUAUAAUUGCUCUUUAUUCCUCCAUUGAUGAAUGCUCUCCCAAAUCCUCAAUUCAGUUUCUCAGUCAUGAUGUGAGGUUUUUGUUUUUAGCUCUUGUUGAAAUUGCUGGUAAUUCUAUUACAAUAGACUGAGAGAGCAAAUCCUCAAUAAUGAUACUGCUGCUUAAUGAUCUGGUCAUCCAUAUAAGUGUGGGGGCAGGUCAGAAACAUCUUUGGCAUGCUGGGCAAGCGGAAAACUGCAUCUCAAGAGCUGCUCUUGUGCGGUCCUUGCCAGUUGAGGAGCAUCCGAAGCAGAUUAUUGUCACUCGUAAAGGAAUGCUCGACUCUAUGGAGGUCCACUUGCUUGAUUUCCCCAAUGUAGUUAUCAAAGGCAGUGAGUCGCUGCUGCCGCUCCAGGCUUGCUUGAAGAUUGAGAAAUUAGGUGAUUUAAUUCUGAAGGCUACUGAGCCACAAAUGCUUCAGUUUUCAUGUUCAACAGGUGACAUUUCCCUAGAGAUAAUUCCAUUUUCUGUAUAACAGCUGGAGAAUGGGGUAUCAAAAUGAGUAACUCUCUCCGUCGGAAUGUCCUUGAGUGAAGUAUCAAAAUGAGUUUGUGAUCAAAAUUAUUCUCUUAUGAAAAGAAGAUCUACCUUUGUUGUUUUUAAUAUAAUAUCUAGAUCAA